CGCGUGUGUGUGUGUGUUCUAGUGAAGGAGGCUUCAUCUCCCAAAUAGGAUGAGCAGCCGGUUUGGUGGUGGCACCGCGGAUGGUCCGGACCGAUUCACUGCUAGUGUUUUGGAGCUUUUCUUUGUUCAGGACUCUUUUCCACACCAGACGGAUUUCCAAUGGAUAUUCCCGUGUGAAGGAGGCGCGCGCGUUAUCACGGCUGAAGUAAAGACAUAGCGAGGAGCCAGAGCAAAAAUGAGGUCAGAGGCCUUGUUGCUGUAUUUCACCCUGCUACAGAUGGCUGGAGCUGCCUUCCCAGAGGACUCGGAGCCAAUCACUAUUUCACAUAGCAACUAUACAAAACAUUACCCAGUGUUUGUCGGACACAGACCGGGAAGGAACAACACACAACGGCACAAACUGGAUAUUCAGCUGAUCGUCAUAACGAAUCGGACUCUUUAUAUAGCUGCAAGAGAUCACAUAUAUACAGUGGACAUCGACACAGCAGACACUGAGGAGAUCUUUUUCAACAAGAAACUCACAUGGAAGUCCAGGCAACCCGAUGUGGACACCUGUAGAAUGAAAGGAAAGCACAAGGAUGAAUGCCACAAUUUCAUCAAGGUCCUUCUCCAGCAAACCGAUGACACCUUGUUUGUGUGCGGGACCAACGCAUUCAACCCUUCUUGUCGAUCCUACAAGACGGACACUCUGGAUGCACUUGGGGAGGAGAUUAGUGGAAUGGCCCGGUGCCCGUAUGAUGCCAAGCAUGCCAACGUUGCCCUGUUUGCUGAUGGAAAGUUGUACUCUGCUACAGUCACUGAUUUCCUGGCCAUCGAUGCGGUUAUUUAUCGUAGCCUGGGAGACAGUCCGACUUUGCGCACAGUAAAACACGAUUCAAAGUGGCUGAAAGAGCCCUAUUUUGUUCAGGCAGUAGAUUACGGGGACUUCAUUUACUUUUUCUUUCGAGAAAUUGCCAUGGAAUAUAACAGCAUGGGAAAGGUGGUCUUCCCACGAGUAGCUCGUGUGUGUAAGAAUGACCGUGGAGGCUCACAACGAGUACUGGAGAAACAGUGGACAUCCUUCUUAAAGGCUCGCCUCAACUGCUCCAUCCCAGGCGAUUCGCACUUCUACUUCAACAUCCUGCAAGCCGUAACCGGCGUCAUCCGCAUCAAUGGUCGUGAUGUUGUCAUGGCGAUCUUCUCCACGCCAUUUAACAGCAUUCCAGGCUCGGCCGUGUGCGCCUACGACAUGGCGGACAUCGCCACGGCUUUCACCGGCCGCUUUAAAGAGCAAAAGUCACCAGAGUCGACCUGGACACCAGUACCUGAAGAUAAAGUUCCUAAGCCCAGGCCUGGCUGCUGUGCUGGAACACCAUCAGCAGAGAAAUACAAAGUGUCCAACGAGUUUCCAGAUGACACACUAAACUUCAUAAAGAUGCACCCCUUGAUGGAUGAGGCCGUAGCAUCUAUAGCCAACCGGCCCUGGUUUCUAAAGACAAUGGUCCGAUAUCGGCUCACUCGCAUUGCGGUGGAUAACGCCGCCGGGCCCUAUCGCAACUACACUAUUGUUUUCCUGGGCUCUGAGAGAGGCAUCAUCCUCAAGUUUCUGGCUAAAAUUAGCAGCGGUUUUCUGAACGACAGCCUCUUCCUGGAGGAGCUGAGCAUCUACAACCCCGAGAAGUGCAGCAUUGACGGCGUAGAUGACAAGCGCAUCAUCAGCAUGGAGAUCGACAGCAAGAGUCACUCACUUUUCGUCUCUUUCACGUCUUGUGUGGUAAAGGUGCCUCUUUCACGCUGCGAACGACACGGGAAGUGCAAGAAGUCCUGUAUCGCCUCCAGAGAUCCGUACUGCGGCUGGGUGUCGGAAGGCGCUUGCCGAGAAAUCACAAGCACAAAAUGGCCAUUCGAGCAGGACGUGGAGCAGGGCAACACAGAUGGACUGGGAGACUGCCAAAACUCCUUUGUGGCUCUAAAUGGCCACUCCACCUCUUCUCUCAGCACUGUGCAGCCCAAAGAGCCCCCUGAAUCCAUCGAUAAGAGGGACCCCUAUAUCGCAGUGCCCUCUUUAACCCAGCACGAGUCCACCGGCGUGAUUCGUGAAAGCUUCCAGAAGGGACGUGAUCAGAUGGUGCCCAUCACUCUGCUGGCUGUGGCUGUGGUGCUGGCAUUUAUCAUGGGUGCUGUCUUCUCUGGUAUUGUAGUCUACUGUGUGUGUGACCAUCGCCGGCGCCAUAUUGAGCUCUCUGCACGCAAGAAAACCAAGGAUGCUGUGAACUCCAGACGUGGCUCCAUGAACAGCGUGACCAAGCUGACAGGCCUAUUUGAGACGCAAGCCAAAGAUGGCCGGCCCGAGGCCAUCCUUGCUCCUCUGAUGCACAAUGGUAAGACAAUUAUCAAAGCUGAGGAGCAGCAACACCUGGACCUGGUGGCACUUCCCACACCUGAGUCCACACCCAUGCAGCUGCGCCGCAAGCCCAGCCGUGCCAGCCGGGAUUGGGAGAGAAAUCAAAAUCUAAUUAAUGCCUGCGCCAAAGAGCUGGCAUCCAUGGGCUCACCAAAUGUCCUGAUAGGCACUGACCUUCCACUGAGGGCAUCUCCAGGCCACAUCCCAAGUGUGGUGGUGCUACCUUUACAACAGCAUCAGCACCAGCAGGUCUACCAGCACCAGCAUGAAUAUGUAGAGCAGCCACAUCGCACUGAUUUGCCAGAUGAUCAAGCAGCUACGCUGGAAUACAAAACAAUGAAGAACCCAUGCCACAAUGUCAUAGUGGAUUCGGAUGGGGUGCCACCCCGCGUGCCCCAAAGGGAGGCCUCAUUAGCAGCUGUGGUACCUCCAGCGGUUCCUCAGAUGGGCAAGAGGCUAGAUAUGUACUGUCGCGGAUACCCAAUGGGCCUAAAGAAGCAGCAGCACAACACCAACUCAUCCAACUCGUCUCACAUGUCAAGGAAGCGCAGCUUCAGCCGUGCCGAGACACCACCACCGGCGCCACAGAGGCUUGACUCUAUACACGUCUCUUCUCCUUCAGGCCUUUCACGUCACUCCAGCUUGAGCUCAUAUGGCUCAUUGCCUCGCUGCAGCUCUAGGCACCGCAAACCAGACGUCCCACCCAAACCUUCGCAGUUCGCCCUCUCCGGGCAAGUUAAGUGCAGCGACUCGGGGACAUAAUCAGUGCACCUUGGACAGGGGAACAUAAAAUCUGUGUUGUACAGCUGUGUACAGAAAAUGCUCACUGUUUUUUUAAGAAAACACACAAAAAACACACUUUUCACAUAAAUGUACGUGUUUAACUCAGGCUGUUGAUUCCUUUGUUGGUGAAACAUGUAAACACCUGCUCCUGAAACAAGAGAGACUCUUAAAUCUUUUGUCACUGAGCCAGAUUUGACUGUAUUGCUCAAUGUUUUUCAAGAUGACAGUAUGCCAGGCUAGGGACACGACCACGUCGCAACCGGCGUUUUCUUUACAGCCUGCGAAAAGCACACAUUGUGGAUCACAGAGAGGAGUGUUAUUGUGUAGUUCUAAUACUGGGAUAUACCCCAGUAAAAAAAAAGGAGAAAAAAACAAACAAACAACAUAUGGACAACAGCAAUCUCAGCCUGGAACAACAGCUGGUUUACAAAGGAAAACUGUGAAGUAAGCUUAAAAAAAAAUUAAAUGCCUCUCAGUGUUGCAGCUACUGGACACAGCAAUCAAGUUCUGCCUUUAGCGAGGUCUGAAGAAUUGUCUACUGUAACAGGUGACUGAAUAACCCGUGACUGUUAGUACUAAUAGCUGGUUGUAUUUAUUUUUUAAUAAAGACAGACUCUUUUUAGACUCAGAGGAAGAGAGAGAAAGAACUUUUUAAUUUUGAAUUAAUUAUGUAAAAUUAUUUAAAGUCAUUCAACUGGAGCCAGUACAACUCAUCGAACUGAAGUCCUCUAACACUUUUUCGAUUACUUCAAGCAACCUAUGGAGGGAAUUAAGGCCUCCGAGGAGCUAUUUAUUGAACUUUGCCAGGGGAGUAUGAGAAAGGUUAAGAUCAAGCAUCACACCAAGAUAAAUCUCCCUUUUGUGGAAAAGGGUGGAUGAAAAUAAAACAAUCUUCAAACUGGAACUCCUGAAACACACCUUCACAUCUCCAUGUGCAUCCUCAUUCAGCACUGUGGAUUGUAUCAUCAACCUCUAACCCAAAUGGCCAUAGCUUCACUGAGUGCCAUUCUGGUUCACUUUUUGCAUGAAAGUUUGCAAAGACUGAGCCUAGGAAGAACAAAAAAAAAUCCCCAUAUUAUUUGCAUCACAAAAGGAUGAAUGCUGGCAAAUGCCCAGCAUGGUAGAAAUGUUUUAAUUUUAAUAGAAAAAGUUUUUUUUUAUUUGGCAGGUAUUAAAAGGUCUCAUUUCCUAGUCUCAUCUUCACACACCCUCAUACUGAAUUAUAUGUUUGAUAGCCUGUUUUUAUUUUUGUUGUUUGUUUUUUCCAUGUGUAAAUUUGUGCCUUACACCCCUGAGUAGUGAAGAGUUUGUUAGCUGUUAACUGUUACCUAGUAGUCCUUAUGAUUAUGUAUUUUCCUUGUUUGAUAAAAGAAAAAAAAAAAAAAAAAAAAAAGCAACUCAAGAAUGUAGGUAUUCUUGUUCAUUCUGGUCACUUUGGAAAUACUGGGUGGGCGGGGCUAACCACACAACAUAUUUUAGUGAUUGAUUUCUAAUUGUGCCAAUGAAACACUUGAACGCAGCCCUUUUUGUUGUGCUAGCAGUGCUGUCAGUGUUGUUGUUUUUGUUUUUGGGAUUUUUCUGCUGUUGUUUGGUUUUCCAGGGGCUGAUGAUGUUCUUACUUUGGGUUUACAAUUUGAAAAUUAAUUGUAUAUUCCUGGAAAAGUCUUCUUAGUUCCGGCUGGCACAAAGCAAUGAACGGCUAAUUGGCGAAAUGAAUUCGAAUUCAUCUUCUUAGCGUAUCUCCCACCGAAUGACCCUAAGCUCUUAAUAUACAUGUUGAAAUCGAGUUUUUGAGGCAGAAAAAACAGGCUGGCUCCUGUGAAAAGAAAAGCACUUGAAUGAUAUUAGGGAACAAAUAAAUGCGUUUGAUGUUUAUGACAGAUGCUAACUAAUAUAAUGUCCUAACUGUAGCUUAAUUAUGUACAAUAAAGGUUCGAAUCAUCAGAUUUAAGAAUUUAACUACUUCCCUGAAACGAUUUAUAGCUCAAAUUUUUCACAAACGGACAAAGUACUCAUCUAGUCUCAGUAGAGAUCAGGCGAUUGCUCUAUUUCCUGUCAGCAGUUGCCUCUGAUAUGGGAGUCACUCAUCAGUAAGAGAGAAGGGAAGCAGGAUUUGCCGGUUCCUCUCCUUUACCCGUAUGUUACUUGGACUAAUAUGUACAUAGGUUCAGACAGCAUUGGCCUCGUCUCGGAUCAGAUUAGGAGUAGUGAAGGGCCACUCAGACUCGCUCACUCGUUUUCGGAGAAAUGCAUCUCGGCCUGUGGUUCCCGAUGCUGAUUGUGGACAGUGGGCUCUUUGGUGUGCCUUUUGUUUUUCACUCUGUCUGCUACACUCUGCUCAAGGUGAACAGAGCUGGACAUUCCAAAAUCGCUUGAAGUUUACACUCCUGUAAGAUAUUGCUCUGUCACAAGGUUUUUUUUUUCCUUGUCCUUCUCCAACCUCCUUAACAUCUGAUUCAUAAGUAAAUGUAUGUUGUAAAGACAUUCUCUUUAAUAAAUGAAAAAAACCUAAUAAAAACAUUUAAAAUUCUUGUCACAAAAAA